AUGGCCAGGUCGAAUCGCAGGAAGAGAAAUAGCUGUGAUGAUGGAACAGUUCCCGUAUCAGCUAGGACUGAUAUCGGGGCUGCUGUUGGCAUUGGUGUUGGCACCAACACAUCCAACGGCAAAUCAACAGAUACGGGCAACGGUAAACGGCUUUCAACAGAUUAUAACAAGCUCACUGUUAACGAACUGAUCAAUAGCAUAAUGGAAUUGAAUAAAGACCCCGUAAUUAGCCAAAUGCUUGCCAUUCUGUCGGAAAAAAUCCCAAAAGAGUUCAGUGAUCUUGUUGACAAGGAGAGACGUUCUCGCAGUCUUGUCAUUGCAGGUGUCAUGGAAAGUGAAAGUGGCCUACCUCCAUCAGCCCGUGGUGGAGUAUGCUGCUUUUUCAAAAGUUACUAUUGCUUGCAAGUUGUUUCUUUUGAUAACGCGCUAAAAGCUGACGUUACUCUGCCUGAUUUGUACUCAGCCGCAGAUUUAUGUCGUACCAGGUUUAUUUUGGUCUAUCGCCCUCCCAACUCAGUUAGAGACGAUGACGAGGCUCUAAUCGACUUGAUGGCGUCUCUGAAUUCUUGUGACCAAGAUACCUUGAUUCUAGGCGACUUCAAUCUCCAGAUUGACUGGCGUAAUUUUAGUGCCUGUGAUGCCGCGUCAAGAAGUUUCCUAAGAUUUUUCCUUCAUUCGGACCUCACACAGUUUGUAAAGAAACCUACUCAUUUAGACAGAGUUCUUGAUAUUAUUCUCACCUCUUCUCCCAUAGUGAAGAAUGUUACUAUCCUUUCGCCACUAGCUACAUCUGACCAUGCGGUUAUUCAUUUUCUAGUUGAAGUUUCACUUCCACCAAUCCAUAUGCCAUUUCCUAAGCCUGACUUUCUCGGCACUGAUUAUACAGCUUUAUCCUUAAGCCUCGACGAUGUUGACUGGCUCAAAGUUUUCGGUGGUUAUUCCUCAGUUUCGGAUUUAUAUUUUAGGUUUUGCUCAAUUGUAUACCAAAAACUAGCUCUUCAUGUUCCAAUACGUUACCCUCGGUUGGUCAUUUCUAACAUUUCCUAUUCAUAUUCGGAAUCUUCUAUUCCAAAAGCAAAGAAUUUUUGA